AUGGCCAGGUCAGGAAGUUCUGACGAAUCUUUUCGCCAUCUUGGCACCAACGAAGCACUGCAUUUGCACGAUGAGUAUUCCCAGCUGAUCGGCAUCAUCGCCCCCGAGGUUGUGCAGUUCGGCUUACGACCAUCCGAUGCCGGUGCCGCCGAGCAUCGAGCGAUUUGUCCAGAGAUUGACAGGCAAAUCGGAGCCAGCGUACCCUUACCGUCGGAUGCCCAACCUGCUAGGUUACCGGCGGAAGAAGUGGCAGUACGACGCCUCGACGUGCACCUCGACGUGCAUGCCACUAGGCAAGCUCCUUGCCCCAGCCGAUCGUCACAUCUCCUGGAUGGGUACAUGGCAGUCGACGCACCGGCGAAAGGCACGACGCCCCGCAAACAUCUGCUGCAGGAAAACGUGUCUUCUCCGUCCCAGCAAGGAUAG